GCGCGGAGGUGUGCAGCGCCCCAAAUGAUUUUUUUCGCCGCUUUUCAUAAGAGGAGCAUAACAGGUGCAGUUCAUACACAAUGUGUGAUCUGUUUUUUUUUAUAACACCUAAAAGACAAAAGCGAAGCCUGAAGAGGAUUUACGCCGCCUGAAUUUGGAGUAGCUGGUCGUGGAUUUGUUCGUCUCCCAGGUCUGGAGUACAGCACUUUGAAGAAUCGAUAAUAGAAUCAGGCAGCCAAUUCAGGUGCAGGACGUAUUUGCAUUGGGCAAGCAUAUAAAGCAGAAUUAAAGGAGCUGCAUCACUCACAUCUGUUUCCAGAAGUUAUUAACUAACUCAUGAAGGUUAAGGCAUCCCAGGAGAAAAUAGAACUUCACAUUGCAAUCUGUGAAAAGUAUUGAUCAAUAUGUCUCAACCAAAUUAUCCCACAGAAGAUGGGUGACAUUCAUUUAACUGUAUUGAUUAAUCACAGUGACAGGCAUUGUGCAAAUUUAUUAUGCAUACAAUUUACUUCUUUGUUGCUGAUAAGUUAAUGUAGAAUUCUAACCAGUUACUGCUCUCAGACUUGGAUGUAGGCUUUGCAUUCUGCAUAGUAUUGGCCCACCAGUGACACCAAGCAGUCUGAUUCUUUAACUAAGUGCACAAGGAGGCACCAAACUGCUGACAAAUCUUAACACGUCGGACAUGUCGGGAAAAACAGAAUAACCUCUUGCCAAUAAAUCUGACUGUGGCCUGUAUUAUGACUUGUAAAAAGGGUGCUCUGUCUUUGUGUGUGAAUGAUGCUAAUCUGGCACACAAUGAUUUGCAGCCUGACCACCAUUAGGCAUCCAAUAUUAUGACAGAAUUUGUUGUUUGGGGAGUGUUCUCAUAGCAUUUUAGUCAUCCAAUACAGCAGAGAUAGCAGCACUACAGGCAUUGGCUGUAUUAAGAUUCUACAAGUGACAAAAUAUAUGACCAUCUUUGUGCUCUUCUUUGGUAUUUACAAAUGAAUAGAGAUUGUACUUCAAAGGAUGUAUUAGAAGCACAGAUUUCUUCAUCGUCUCCUUAGUCAUAUGUUCUGGUAUAUGAGGCCAAAGCAGAGGGCGGUUGAGAAAGUACCAAAUUAUUCUAAGUUUCUUCAAUUCAAGAAAAGACAGCUGGAACUGACAGGAAAAGAAUGAAGAAUAUUAUCCUAAAGUAUAUUGCUGCUGUUUUCAUAUUUAUCAUUAUUAUAUUCUUAAUCUGUGAUGAACGACACCCAGCUUUAUUGAACAUUGUCCAAAACAGAGCAGGAUUUUGUGAGAACAUGUAGAGCCAGAGAAUGAAACAAAACAUAACCAACUAAACACACGCACUUUGUUUUGUGUUUCGAUUUCAAACAGUAAAAGAUCUUUGGUAAUAAUAUCAAUGCCUUUUCAGUGAAAGCCCAUUGAUCUGGAAGCUGCCUGCCAUUUAGCAAAGCUUAUUCAUCCGACCACUGGUGUACCUCACGCUGAAAGAUGAACAUCACCCCUGAAGUGCUGGAACUCUUGCUACAGAAGUACAACUUGUCCCGAGGCCAAUUCAUUACAAUGUUUCAAUUACAACCCUUGGUUUUUGUGCCAAGACUACCAAGUAUCCUUCAGCCAAUUUUUGGUAUUCUAUACAUGGCAAUAUUUUCUGUAGCACUGGGAGGAAAUACUGCUGUACUGCUCCUGCUUUGCCGCAAAAAAGCUUUGAAGUCCACCAGCACCUUUUUUGUUUGCUCAUUGGCCCUCAGUGAUCUUCUCAUCUCUCUUGUCUGCAUCCCAAUCACAUUUAUGCAGCACUUCUCCACCAAUUGGCUGGCUGGGGGAUUCCUCUGUAAGCUGGUACCCUUUCUUCAGGUCACAGCAGUCUCGACGAGCAUCCUUACUAUGACCUGUAUUGCAGCAGAACGUUUUCAAGGGAUUUUAUAUCCUUUGCAGUUGGGAAACAUAUACUCUGCUAUUCGGGCCACUAAAAUGCUUGCUGGUGUGUGGCUGAGCUCCUUGGCAAUUGCAUCUCCAAUGUGGUAUGCUCACAAAGUAGAGAUCAAGUAUGAUUUUCUGUUUGACGUCCAUUAUACCUGCUGCCUGGAAGUAUGGCCUCUUCCUUGGCAGAGGCAAGUCUACACCACAGUUCUCCUAGUACUUAUGUUCCUAGUUCCUAUGGGGACAAUGGGAAUCCUCUAUGGAAAGAUCAUCCAUGAGUUAUGGUGCAAACAUCGUAUCCAUGAUGUCAUGUUCCAAGCACUCCCAGGAUCUGAAAUUAACAAAAUUACCAGGAAGAGAAAACGUGCAGUGAAAAUGAUGGUUGUGGUGGUGCUGCUAUUUGUGAUCUGCUGGCUACCUUUCCACUUGGUGUCGGUGCUCUCAGACUUUGGACACUUGCACAUGAAUGAAGAGCAAGAGUUCCUUCUUUAUGCAGCAGUGCAAGUCAUUGGCUUCAGCAAUUCUGUCUGUAAUCCGGUGGUGUACGCAGCACUCAAUGAGAACUUCAAGAAACACCUCUUGUGUUUGCUCAUGCAAGGGAUCAUCUGCCGGAGAGGCCACUGCUUUGGCAGCCGGGGAGUGAGAGUGGGCAUCUCGACGGUGGAAUCACAGCACCUUGGGGAGCCUACAGAGCAGAGCCUGUUAGGAAUGGGCCGACACACUAGCCGAAUCGCCUGGGAACUUGAACCGCAUGCCUCCAGCUCCUUCCCCCAGGUGCACCUCUUCAGAGCUGUGAAUAAGCAACACAGUGACCCCUUAUUACUGAGUGUCACUGACCCCCUCAUGCCUCCCACCCACGAAUCAUGAAAGUGAAGUCAAGUAAAAGAGAUCCAUCCUUGUUUUACCUGAUUAUUGUUGGCUUUUAAGUGAUGUCUUGGUUUCUAUCUGUGAAAUCAAUUCAUUGGAUAUGUCAUCAAGCCACAAUACAUUGCGUCAGACUGGGAUGUCUGCCAGGCUCAGGAAAGAGAAAGAAAGAGAUGGAGCAUUUCUGUCUGAGAUCAACUCAUUCUUGACAUUUAAUAAUACAAAGAACAAUCCUGGCUUUGUAUUUUAGAAGAUAAUUUGGUUGUGAUCCUUUACUGUAUGCAGAUCCUCAGUGUAUGAUAAGACAAUCAAGACACAGAAAUUGUACUUCUGCAGCCAAAAUACCUGAAUGACUUUCACUCAUUGAAUCACACGGAUGUCUUUUGAGCUUUAAGCCUUUGGAUUCUUUGUAAAAACCUAACUGUUGAUUCUGAAACUCAAGGCGAGAAGGUAAAUGUUUAUGUCAGGCUGUCAGAGCCAAAAAGAAUUUUAUGCCUUCAUUAUUCGUCAAC